AUGUGCGGCGCAGCCGUGUACCGGCGGCGGGGAGCGCCCGGCCUCGAAGGCGACGGCGAAGGCGGAGCCCCGGCCCGGCCGGGGAAGCGCGCCGGGAGGCCCCCCCACCGGCCCGCCAAGGUAAACAAGGCCGCGACUCACGCGGCACACUUACCGGGAGCCGCGGCCCACCGGCCGCUGAGUCCGGACGGGCCAGACCAGGUCAAGCCGGGCCAGAGGGGUCAGAUUGGAACGCGGCGACGUCGGAGGCAGCGGGCCGACGCCGGUCGAGCCCGCGCUGCUUCCUCCGGCGGAGUAGUCCCCGCACCCCCGGAAGUGUUUGGCUCAGUGGCGUCACUUCCUGCCCGGGGUCGGCCCGGGGUCGACCCGCGGUGGUCCGCUGGGGCAGAAAUUUCUGCCUACGCUUCGAAGCCGUCGCUGGGUGGUCCCCGGGCUGCCACCAUACCAGGCUUUCGCUUCCCCCGUGGCGGCCUCCUUCACUGCCCAGUUCUCCAGUUUACACUCACCAUACAGGAUUGCAUCGUUCUCGUUUCUUUUUACAGCAUAGGAAUUGUCAUCAUGACUUCCAGUUACCUUCUAGGACCAAUUGUCAAGUAUUAUGGAUAG